UAAGCCCUGCUCCACUGGUUCAGACGUCAAGACCGAAAGAGUUCGUUCGCAAUUAUCAUAUUUACGAGUGUUUUUAGCAAAUCGAAGAACAGUUUCGGAUUUCCUUGGUGGUAAUGAGACCACAAGUCUAGGUCCAAUUUCGUCGAUUUCAAAUCGCAAGAUCUUAGCAUGAUUCUGCUCUCUACAAGUUGUUCGUGCGGUACAGUAAAAGCUCCGAUGAAAGCACCCUUCUUAGCCUGGCGUUGCCGAGGUUCUAUGUUCAUGAGUCAGUCUACCUUUUCUUUUUGUUUCGAUGAUGAGUUUAUUGCUCUCUGGAAUAUACACCAGGUCUUACCAACCAAAACAUUCCAUGGAUUUAGAUAUAAAAUAUGUUCUUUCGCCGAGAAGUCUGCAAGGAAAUUCAUAAGGAAUGGACAAGAGGCUUCUGGACCUCCAGCAAAAGACAAUUUUGUUCAGAAUGAUGAGUUGGAUGCUUAUCUUAAUUCAACUUGCCAGAAUUCUAAUCCUAUACCUUCUAGAACUGCGGUUCUUCAGGCUUGCAUGGUCACUUCUGGUCUGUUAGCUUCUCUUGGACUCAUAAUUCGGCAGGUGUCUCAUAUUGCAUCAAUGGAAGGGUUGCCAGUACUGGACUGCUCUUCAGUAGUAUCAUUUGAUUUUGAGAUGUGGCAUCUUGAGUUGAUUAUAGGACUGGUAGUUUUGAUAUCAUCAUGCCGCUUUCUGCUAUUGAAGACAUGGACAGAUUUUGCUGAGUCCAGUGAAGUAGCCAACAGGCAGGUCCUUACCUCACUCCAACCUUUGGAUUACAUGGCUGUUGCAUUCCUUCCUGGGAUUAGUGAGGAACUACUUUUCCGGGGGGCACUUCUGCCACUUUUGGGCAUGAACUGGAUAAGCAUCGGGGUGGCUGCCUUAGUUUUUGGUGUUUUGCACUUGGGCGGUGGGCGAAAGUAUUCCUUUGCCAUCUGGGCAACGUUUGUUGGGCUUGCUUAUGGUUAUGCCACAGUUUUAUCCUCCAGCAUUGUAGUGCCCAUGGCUUCUCAUGCUGUGAACAAUCUGGUUGGAGGGAUCUUCUGGCGCUACACAUCAAAUACAUCGGAGUAGAGACAUGGUAGCUUCCCAUCUCUUUAAAUCAUAAAAUAUUAUAUAUAUACAGACGAAGAAGCUGGUAGUUGGUCAAUUCACUUGACUCAAUCUAUCAUUUCAACGUUCUAAGAUUACCACCUCCUUUGAUUAAUUCUAGCUAGUAUAUAUUCAAUUCGAAUUUCUGUGCAUAACUUACUGAAAAUGGCUGAAUUGAAGGGAGCUAGGUCAAUAGGCAAGAGAGAGAGAGAGGCUUGUAUUUUGUCUUGAAAUGGCUAAAUUUGAGUAUAAUUCUUUUGCGGAA